CUUCACGGAUACCAAACCCACCACCCACACCAUGCCCCCCACGAUCGUCCUCAUCACCGGCGCCAACCGUGGCAUCGGAAAGGGCAUCUUAAAGCUCUACCUGCAGAAGCCCAAUCACACUGUCAUCGCAGCAACCCGAGACCCAACCCAUCCGAUCUCCACAGCUCUGACGGAUCUCCCCACAGCAGAGGGUACCACAUUACUGAUCAUCAAGAACGAAUCGACCUCACCGACUGAUGCAGCAGCUGCGGUACAAGAGCUUGCGUCCCGGGGCAUCUCUCACAUUGACAUCGUGGUCGCUAAUGCUGCUAUCGCGCUUGGCUGGCCUAAGGUCUCGGAUGUGACCGUUGAGGAGAUUCAGAGGCAUGUUGAAGUUAAUGUUCAUGGGUUCAUCCGCCUCUGGCAAGCUUUGAACUUCAUCCCUCUCCAGAGUGCUUCGUACGCUCCUACGAAAGCAAUCCAAUACUGGUUCACUAAGGCUAUCUCGAGUGAGGAUCCUUGGAUCACCGCAUUUGUAGUUGAUCCUGGCUGGGCUCUUACAGUGGAAGAAAGUGCUACGGGGGUGGUUACUGUGAUUGAUGCUUCGACGCGAGAGACGCAUAGUGGAAGGCCGUUUAAUUAUGAUGGUGAUGAAUUGUCGUGGUGA